AUGCCGACAGCGACGACGAAGCAAGACUCGGCGGGCGAGGCCCCGCCCCCGCCGCCGCUGCCCAACCCGUCCACGGGCAGCGCGAACCCUGCCGCCUCUCUACCUGCGUUAUGGGGCUACCUGCAGCCCGCGCUCGACCACAUGGUCCGUUCGCCGACGAACAGCCCGUGCAAGGCCCCCGCGAUCGAGGUCAGCUACCAUAUGGGCGUGCACACCGCCGUCUACAACUACUUCACCUCUCAGUCUGAGCAGGCGGCGCCCUCGCCCGGCCCCGGUGUUGGGGCCGGUCUCCGUAUCCCCGCGCACGACAAGGGCAAGGCGAGUGGGACGGAUCUGUAUGACCAGCUCGAUCGCUACUACGCAGACGCUGCGCGCGAGGUCUUCCUUGGUGCGCCCACAGACGACAGUUCGCUCGUGCACUACCUCGUCCCAUGCUUCAACCGCUACUCCGCCGGCGCGCAGGCCGUCAGCCGCCUGCUCAACUACGUUAACCGCCACUACGUCAAGCGCGCCGUGGACGAGGACCGCGGGUGGCUUCGCCUCGCGGACGUGCUCGAUGCCGUCGCGCGCACGAUCCAGGAGGAUGACACGCGCGAGAAGAUUCAGCGACGCCUACGCGAACGGCGCACGGAGGAGCUGAAGAAGUUUGGAUACGUUGAGGGUGCGUUGCCUGCGGAGGUUGCGAAGGUCGAGGAGUACGCGGAGGCGGCGAGUCCGCCUGACCGCGUUGUCCACCUCUCUGCCGUUGCCUACCGCCGCUUCCGUAUCGAGGUCCUUGACCCGCUGCUCGCGGUGCCCAAAGUAAAGGGGAAGGGGAAGAAGAAAAAGCCGCCACAAAAUGGCGACAAACCGCCCAUGCCGAAGGGUCGUCUCGCCCGGUCGGUCAAGGAGCUACUGGAGACGGAGGGAGGAGACGAGGAGGAGAGACGAAGACUCGCGGGCGGCCUAGCUAUCGCUUUGAGAACGUGCGGAAUCAAAGUUGACCACCCACUUCGUAAGAAGCUCGACAAAUUCAUUCCUCCGCCCGAGCCUACUACUGCGACAUAG